AUGUUGCUCCCGCUGCACGGAUAUCAUGGCUACCUAGAUGAGGUUCAGCACGAGGUCAUCGCCGAUGAGGCACACGAUUUCAAAAACCACAGUUCUGAGAUUUCCCGGCUUCUGCGCGCGCAGGAAUCUGAGAAGAUCACCCUCGCUACAGCGACUCCAAUGUUGCACUCGGUGCAGGAGGUAAUCUGGCUGGUUCGACAUCAUUGA